AAGUCCGGUCCUUCCUGGUCGUUUCAGGGCUGCAGAAUGUUCACUUCAGUGAAGGCCUUCGACGGGCAGCAGUACUCCACCCUGAAGAGGCAGUGCUUGCAGAGUGGCCUGCUCUUUGAGGACCCCCGCUUCCCCGCCAUCGACGACUCGCUGUUUCACCACGGCAACAGAAUCGGACGCGUGGUGUGGAAGAGGCCUCGGGAGCUGUGUGAGGACCCUCACCUGUUUGUGGAUGGCAUCAGCGCACACGAUUUACAUCAGGGACAACUGGGCAACUGCUGGUUCGUAGCGGCGUGCUCCAGUCUGGCCUCAAGAGAGUCUUUAUGGCAAAAGGUCAUUCCCGACUGGAGGGAGCAGGAGUGGGACACGGAGAAGCCGGAAUCGUACGCCGGGAUCUUCCACUUCCGCUUCUGGCGCUUCGGGGAGUGGGUGGACGUGGUGAUUGACGACCGGCUACCGACGGUGGACAACCAGCUGGUCUACUGCCACUCCAACGACAGCAACGAGUUCUGGAGCGCCAUGGUGGAGAAGGCCUAUGCCAAGGUGUACGGCUGCUACGAGGCUCUGGACGGGGGGAACACGGCCGACGCGCUGGUGGAUUUCACGGGUGGUGUUUCUGAGCCCGUGGACCUGCUGGAGGGUCAAAUGGCAACAGACGAGGUGGCCCGGAACCAGCUGUUUGAAAGAGUGCUCAAAGUCCACAACAGAGACGGCCUUAUCAGCUGCUCCAUCAGGGCGACCACGAUAGAGGACAUGGAGGCACGGCUGGACUGCGGCCUGGUCAAAGGUCAUGCCUACGCUGUGACCGACGUGCGGAAAGUCCGGCUAGGCCACGGACUGCUGGCCUUUUUCAAAUCCGAAAAGCUGCAAAUGAUCCGCAUGAGGAACCCCUGGGGAGAAAAGGAGUGGAGUGGCCCCUGGAGCGACAGUUCGGAGCAGUGGAACAAGGUGAGCAAGAGUGAGCGAGAGAAGCUCGGCGUGACCGUGCAGGACGACGGCGAGUUCUGGAUGACGUUCGACGACUUCUGCCAGUACUUCACCGACCUUAUCCUGUGCCGCCUCAUCAACACCUCCUACCUGAGCAUCCACAAAACCUGGGAGGAGGAGGUGAUGAGGGGCUCCUGGGUCCACCGCCAGGACCCCCUCCGCAACCGGUCCGGAGGCUGCAUCAAUCACAAGGCCACCUUCUUGCAGAACCCUCAGUACGUGUUCGAUGUGAAGAAAGUGGAGGACGAGGUGCUGAUCUGCUUACAGCAGAAGGAGAAGAGAGCCACACCCAAAGAGGGCAAAGGGGAAAACCUCGCCAUAGGCUUUGAUAUUCACCGGGUGGAGCUAAAUCGUAAGUACCGUAUGCACUCGGCUCAGCAGAAAGUAGCGGGCUCCAUCUACAUCAACUCGCGCUGCGUCUUCCUCAGGAAGGAGCUGAAGGAGGGCCGUUACGUCAUCAUUCCCACGUCCUUUGACCCCCGGCAGCAGGGUGACUUCCUGCUCCGCGUCUUCACUGAUGUGCCUUCAGACUGCAAAGAGCUGACUCUGGACGACCCCCCUCAGACGUGUUGGACUGGGAUGUGUGGCUACCCUCAGCUGGUCACUCAGGUCCACGUAAUGAAUGCCGAAGGCCUGCAGGGGCCGGACUCCAACGGAGAGCUCCACUGCCUGAAUCCCCAUAAGGAAAGACCUCUGAGCAAAGUGCAAGCUGUAGAUCCGUACGUGAUCAUCACCUGUGAAGGAGAGCGGGUUCGUUCACCUGUUCACAAGGACACGCGGUGCCCGAACUUUGACAUCAAAGGCCUGUUCUACCGCAAGAAACCCAAGGAAGGCAUCCACAUCGAGAUCUACAACAAGAACAUGAUCGUGGACACCUUCCUGGGUCAGGUGAUCCUGUUCAGCGACCCCAACGAGCGGCAGGAGCAGCACACGCUUCACCUCCGGGACAAGGGCAGUCGCCAGGACAACGACCUGCCGGGCACGCUCACCGUGCGCCUCGUCACCGCCACCGCGCUCACCAACAUCUGACGCGCUCGUUUGGCGUUCGGAUGACGACCGGCACCCGGGGGUGGCGUUUGAUGGCGCCCGGCGUCCGCCGUGGGCCCCCCGGCCGCGACGGGAGCUCACUGUGUCUUUUUUUCGCCCCCCUGCCGCUCGCAUUCUCUUCGCGCCUCUUAUUGUCUCCCCGUUUCUCUUCUUGCUUUUAAAUUCAGCUUUGAUGACUAUAUUUCCUGACGAAACACAAGACGACGUGUUUUCAAAGGAAGUUUUUUUUUAGCCUCAAUCUCCAUCAGUGGCUGAAGUACAAUUUAUCUGACUUUUAAGAACAUUAUAACGUCUUCUUUUCUUCAUGCAUACUGCUGAAUUCCACCUUGGUUCAGACAAAGACACACCCUCAAUGAUUGACACACUGCUCAUGCAGACAUGUCUGCACUCUCCAUGCAUGUGCCAAUGUUUCCAAGGGCUAUGCAUUGCCUUAAGGUCGAGUCCGCCUCUCCACCUUGAGGAGGAUGUUAAAUACUCUUCUCCAUCAGCUGUCCUCAGUGCUAGCACAGCCUCCAUUUCCGUCCUCGCUCCUUCCUCGUGGUUUUCAUCUCUAUUUUCCGAUAUCUUAACGUAACAUAUACUCUUUUAUAUCUGUGGAUAAUUGUCCCACCCAGUCAUCUUAAACAGGCACCACAAGCCUCCACCAGUUUUGCCGGAGCUUUGGAGAGCAUGCAGCACCGUCUGUCACUUUUUAUUGUGGAUUUUACAAAGAAAGCCAACAGCAGCUAUUCUCUCGCCCUUUACUGAGAGCUUUUUCCGUGUUGUUCUGUGAGCGCGCUCACGUGUCCAUCUUUGAAACCAUCACAAACUCCCCGAAACGCUCUCUGCCGGUUGCUAUGGACGAUCUCAAAACUGCAUGGCUUAAAGAAGGAGAAAAAAAAAGAACUAGACUCUUUGCCUGUGCUCUCUUGUCUCUCCGGUCGUAGCUUAGCAACCGGUGCUUUUGAUAGCCUUCCCUCUUUGAUCCCGCCCCUCCUCCAACGCGUGUACGUCUUCUCAAAUCCAGCAGAGUGCAAAGAUUCACCCUGACAUAAUCAAAGUGCUUUAUGGGACCAAAGAUGAUCCUCUGCUCUCUUAGUCCCUUUCGGCCCGGCCCGGCCCGGCCCGGCCCGGCCUGGCUACAAACCACCACCCCCUGUGCCACAUCAUCCCUUAACGGCAACACCACUGCCUGACGCUUCCUCUGACUUGAGUCUUUUGGCCCCGGCCAAAGACCCAAGUCACCUGACCCCCAAGAGGCAGCAGCCGUGCUUCGGCUGUUGGCACAGAACAGGCGUGCGUGGUUGUGUGUGUGUGUGUGUGUGUGUGUGUGUGUGUGUGUGUGUGUGUGUGUGUGUGUGUGUGUUGCAGAGCAAGUGUCCGCGGGUGCUUGAGGGUGAAUGAAUGUAUAUCUCUCAAUCCACGUUGUACCCGAAGGGAAACACCUUCUGCGGAUGUGGAAAGGUGUGAACUGAAAGGAAAGGAGCCCUUCAGUGGAACACACACCUUGCACCUUAUUUCAUCUAUAGAGACUUUAAUGGAUGAAAGAAAGAGGGCGGCGAGCUGAGAAGGCGUCCUGCCAAACGACCCGUGCCAUCGCCGUGAUCCUGGCUUUGCCUCCACAGCGGGAAAAACAACUUGGGAUGAACUGUUGAGGGAUUUCGGGAGGAUUUCAGAUGGCUUUGGCAUAUUGAACCAACACUGGUACAGUUUAAUCUAUCUGUGAUGAACUAUGACACUUCUUGAUCACGAGGCCGUUCAAUUUGGCCUUUUGUGACAGAAGCUUAAAAAGAAAAUCAUGACUUUUUUUUCUUAUCUUUUUUCUUGUCAAAAGUGGAAUAUCACUGCAGAGACUUUUCAUUUCACCUUUCAUUAACUUUCGUUAAGUCUUAGUCUUGUUUUGUCUUUUUCACAAUAGGAAUUAAAUCAUUAUCAAGAUGUUUCCUUUGAAUGUAAGACAAACAGUAAGCGGACUAAUCAAAAUCUAUCAAGUUUGUUUUCCUAAUUUUCUUUCAGCGCCUUUUUUACAUUACUUGAACACAUGGCAUUUAAUUGACUUUGUGUACAGCAUCUUUGUAAAUGCGUCUUGCAUGGGUUAUUUUCCAAUAUGUUCAUGGCCUUGUAUUGUACUGUUGAAUUGUUACUAUAUAUAUAUAUAUCCUUUCUAUCUCAAAAGUCUUGGAAAUGCUAGUUUUGAGCGGUCGGCAUGUCUUACUCUUAACGCACCUCAUGUCAGUCGGAUCAAACCAACGAGUUUGAUGCACUUAUUGUCUUGUAGUACAGUGAUAAAUUCAUAAGGCCUCUAGCAUCUGUGGACAUUAGCAGCAGUUGUUGACUUAAAAUUAGGUGCUAUUUAUCUUCUCCCUGCUCUUUUACAUUGUUUCUGGGCAGAACGCAGAACCCUAGCUAACGAAACGAGGCUGGAUUUGGAACAUUUUAGCUUGCAGACAGACUUUGUUAGAAACUGCAGUGCCGAGCAGUGUGAGGUUAGACUGUGCCGGGAAAGCUUCUUUUUUUUGUGUGUGUUUCACAGCCGGUGGGAAAAGAACGAACCGUUUCCUCCUUCCUCGCUGAGUGUCCUUGUGCGAGGCGCCGAACUCGCCAGUGGAGCCUAAAGGCCGGCUGUGAAUAUGUGCAAAAUCAAACUGUGUAUUUCCAGCUUGAAAACGAGGAUGGACUGAAGGGUUGUUGGUGCCAAAUGUGCAGGCGGCUACUUGGAUUUUGUUAAAGUGGCUUUUUCUUUGUUCCCUCUGGUGACCAGACUUCCUCAUCCAGACACACACGUUUUCUGGUGGAAAAGUUUGUUACAAUGUGGCCAGACUGUAACGUUAUGUCAUUAAUGCACAAUAUGUCAUUUCCAGCUACCUGAUUGGGAAAUAGUGUAACAACUGGGGAAACGGUGCAUUGGAUUUAAACUGUUCUGAUCCACGUGCUUAGAAGAGUCUUGAGGGAUUCUGGAAAUUCUUUCAAAAUAGUUUAAAUUUUUGGUUUUGUAUGGAAAAAUAAUAACGAGGCACACGUUUGGGCUCGGUGACGCAGGCGGGAGCUAAAGAAUUAGACUUUGCUUGCUGCAUUUGGAUGCAACUUUCACGCCAUUUAACAUAACGUUUUGCAGUCUGUUUCACUAAUCUUUUAUAUUCCAGUUUCUCUCAAACUGUAUUUUAAAUAUACAAGUUUUCAGCAACCAUUUUUUAUUAACCCCCCCCCACCUAUUUCUAUUUUUUUAUUGUUUUCGAUACACGCGAGACACAGAAUUAUGACCUCCAACAUCCAACCUGACAGCUCUGACAUACGGGAGUAUUUGGCGUCACUCGCGAUCCGAUUAUGAGCUGAAUAAACAAUGAGUCGAGCUCAAUGUGAAAUCUCGUCCAAUUCAUGUGCCACGCCGGUGCCAAAAGACAAAACAGCAUUUGAGACAAAGGACGCUUUUGUAAAGACGUUUGCCAUGUGACUGUCUGACAAACGUAUGAAAGUGUUUUAUUUUCUCCACUACGUCCUCGUCUCGAAAAUGGUUCUCAUUGCAUCGCUUUCUUACCCAUUAGUAGUCGUUGCAGAUCGGGAUUCUUUGCCAAAAGUGUUAUGGCGUUCGCUGUUAACCCCCCCACACACACACACACACACACACACACACACACACAAUGUAUACACUCCAGCUUCUAGACCAACCGGGCCUGGUUGGAGUUGUGGACCUUGACUGUUUUUCUGGACAUUCGCUGCAACGCUUGUUGUUUUUCUGUACAUAUGUGUUCUGCACGGCCGUGCCAAAGCGGGUUUUAAGAACACAAAACUCCGUUGAAUGAACUGCUCACAGCGUCUGACUUUUGUACAAAUCCCCAAAAAUGCCAGUGCAUGUAGCAAAAGCGCUUCAAAUCUGCUCGCAGCAUUACGAAUAUAUUAUAUAUAUAUAUAUAUAUAUAUAUAUAUAUAUAUAUAUAUAAAUUUAUUUGAGUCUUUCUCUGAGUGUAAAAACUAAAUCUGCUGUUGCUACUUUGAUAAACAUACUGUGUGAGGUAGAAGGCUUGCAUGCAUUACAACAGUAUUCAGUUUUCUAAUAUUUUCUAUUCAGUAACCUGCAGUAUACAGUAUGCAUAUAAAAGUAGCAGCAACUUGACUUAUCCGUCGUUGUGAUGGCUUCCAUGUUUUGAUGGAUGUUAUACCGGAUAUUCCAGACAUUUAUUUAGGGAGGAAGUUGAUCACGACCUCUGGUGAUCAGCAGGAAUACGAAGAGGAAUCUAAUGAUGGAUUUAUUCCGAGCCCCAUAAUGCCUCGCAUGGAUUUUAGUUGGAAUAAGGUAGAAGAGAAAGAUAAUUUAGUUUUUUGUUUUGUGGGUUUUUAAGAGGCUUUUUUUUCCGUUCGCUCAGCAACGCGGCGAUGUGGGCCGAGGUUCGCUCGCCUUCUCAUCUCACGUCCUCGUCAACUUGGAAGCUGCUGCAUGCGCCGAGCGCCACGAGACGUUGAGUUCGACUCCGGUUGCUCGUCACCGACAUUUUUACCUGAGGCCGAGCGCCGUCCACGCCAGGAACGAGCUUGUGAUUCUUCUUGUAUUUUUCUGCUGAUGUUUAUUAACUGGAGACUGGAAUACCUUCUGCAUGGUGGCACUUCUAGAAGACGCUUCGGUCUUUCUAACAAGGAUCUUUUUGUCAGUAUUUUAUAACCUUGUUAAUUUUAUAUAUACACUUAACCUCGCGUUCCAAACCGGUAUGUUUACUGAUGGCUGGGCUUCAGAGAGCUGUGCUGUGUGUUCUGUGCUGUGCGCUUUGUCUGUGUCUUCUUCUCAACGUGAGCUUUCCUUUUCUAUUACUUGUAUUUGUUUUCUUUCAAUGCGUGUUUGUUGUUCUCGGUUACACUGUGGUUAUUUUAUAUAGCUGCAAGCUGAAAUUAUACUUCUUUCUUUUGUAUGUAAUGUCAACUUGUGGCAUGACUUUGAAAUAAAACAGGAAAAAAAUA